AUGCCGACGCUGACGAAGCUGUACAGCAUGGAGGAGGCUGCCCUCCACAACACGCCCGACGACUGCUGGGUCGUCGUCGACGGCAAGAUAGGUAAGGAUGCUACAGAAGAAUUUGAUGAUGCAGGGCACAGCAAGAGUGCCAAGGAGCUAAUGCAGGACUACUUCAUUGGAGAGUUGGACCCAACUCCUGAGAUUCCUGAGAUGGAGGUUUUCAGGAAGGAACAGGACAUGGGAUUUGCCAGCAAGGUUAUGGACAAAGUCGUGCAGUACUGGGCAAUCCCAGCAGCUGUAAUUGGGAUAUCAGCUGUUAUUGCCAUAUUGUAUGCGCGAAGGAAGUGA